CAGAUGAGUUAGGCCAGUGAUGACGCAUUACAUGGUUUUAACGCGUUUCUGCUUGAUUGUGUUAAAGAAGGAAGGUGAGGGCAGUGUGUUUUAAAUUUAAAAGGGAAAAGUUAUGGAAAAGCCUUGACAUAACGCCCAAACACUAUCAUCGCAACAUAUUGUAUUAAAGUCAAACCAUAAGAUGUAUUGCGAAUGCUGUGGCACUAAACAAGAAGUGACGUGGAAUUUUUGCAAAGGAUGCGGAACGAAAAUUGAAAAACAAUCAGACGGAUUUUGCGACGGUAGAAGGAAAGAAUCUGCAAAGGCAGAACUUUUUUCUCAAUUUGCAGCAGCUUCGCUUUAUGAAGGUGAAGAGGAACCUAUAGAUUUGCAUGAUUCAAAUGACGAAGUUGGACAUGAAUUAGCAGAAUUUGGAAGUGACUGGUAUGAAGAAUUGCCGAUAUCGGAAGCAGAGAUGACUGAGUAUGAGCGUAUUUUAACCGAAAGCGGCUACACCGAACUUAUCAAGAAACUAGACGAAUCAAACAGCGAAUGGAGACAUUCGAGUAUAAACAUUGCCAUAACAGGAGAGGCAGGGACAGGCAAAUCUACUUUGAUAAAUUCUUUGAGGGGAUUGAAAGCAGACGAUGCAGGCGCAGCAAAGACUGGAUGUACAGAAACUACAACGGAGGUUACUUGUUAUCCGCACCCAGAAUAUAACUACCUGAAGGUAUGGGAUCUGCCAGGGGUUGGAACGCCAAAAUUUACACGUGAAAAGUAUUUCCAAACUGUUGAUUUUAAUGAAUAUGACUUUUUGUUACUUGUUUCGAGCUCUCGAUUUAAGGAAAACGAUAUGUGGCUGGCAAAAACCAUUAUAGAAUGUAGACCAAGCGCAAAGUUGUUUUUUAUCCGAACAAAACUUGACAACGACUUUGAGAACUUGAAGCAAGAACGGCGAAAGCCUUUGAAUGCAGGAGAACGAACAAUGAUAGUUAAGAAGAUAAGAGAAGAUAUUCUUGAAAAUCUAAGAAACGGAGGAAUAAAAGAACCGAAUGUUUUUUUGAUAAAUAGUCACAAGCCUGAAACGUUUGAGUUCAAUAAAUUGAACAUGAUUUUAAUCGAAACCGUUUCUGACUUGAAACGAGAUGCAAUGGUGCUUUGUUUAGCCAGCCAUAGUGAAGACAUACUUAGUAAAAAGGUUGAUGUUUUAAGCAAGCGUAUUUCCAUAACUUCAAAGAAUGCCGCUGUAAGUGCGGCAUACAGUCGCGAACACAAUGAAAAGCCUGCACUAACAAUUAUAAUGAAUGAAGCGCGUUUGUACGCAAAGCAACUUGGAAUCAACACAGAAUCAUUAAAUCUUGUUGCAAAGAAAUUUAGAAAGGAUAUAAGUGAGCUUAAGCAAACGAUACACAUGCACUCUUCCGCUAUUUUGGCAUCCGAGAAGAGUUUUGCACAGUACUAUGAAACGUUUAACAAAUACCGUUUUUCAUUUGUUGACACACUUCCAAUGAUUGGUUCCCAACGUAAGUUACGAAAGUUUCAGCACCAAUGCGCAGCUGUACUCAAAAGCAUUCUGAAUAUGUGUAAAUCUGAGAAUAAAAAUCUCCAAACUCAAAUUGCUCUUUGGACAUACACGGAUAGUGAAUAAAAGUCCGUAGAACGUUUGAAACGCUGUUUUGAUACAAACAUGUACACAAUCCCAAACUACACCGCAUUUCUUUACCAAACAAUAACGCGUUUAAAAAGCAAACAUUGUCGAUAUAUUAUUUCAAUGCACUAAUCAUUUUUCGUUUCAGAUAAACGUGUGUUUCUUUAAAAUCAUUUUUAGGUUGUUGGUCUUUUUUUGCUUACACAUUUAUCCGUACAUAUCUGAGUCCAGGCCACACUAAACAUCGGCGAUGAAACCGCGUUUAUUAUGUAAAUAUGCGUUUUCCCAAGCCAUUUUUGUUUACUUUCUUUAUUGCGAUAUUUUCCCUGUACAAUCCAUUGAUACAUGUAAGGAGUCAUAGUCAUUGUGUGUGUGUCGUGUUUGCAGUAAAAGCACUGUUUUGCUUGCUUAGAUGUGUAAUAACAAGACAUGUAUAUUUAACUAUAUAUAACAUAUUGCUAAGUAAUUUUAUUUAUUAUGUUUGUCUAAUCAUAUGAUGAUUAAAUACGUCGUUGAAAUAUGCAUUAUACAUGUAUUCUUUUUUUAAAGUUCAGAGUGUUGGAUUUGGAUUUGAAUUGAAUAUUUAUUAUUUUGCUAAACUGACAUUAAAUGCUCAUUUAUUAUCUUACCUCACUGCUUAGAUGAGUGGAUGAUUGGCUUAAUGUAGUAAUAAUUUAAACUUUGAUCUAGUUGAUCAUGAAAUUUUAAAGCAUUUCUAAGAAAACGCUUUAGCGAUAUUUAAGUAUUUGAAAACAAAUAGACAAAACAAUAAAGAUCGUAUUCAAAACGGACGUUAAAAUGUAGUGUAUCCCAAUGAAAUACUUUGGAUCCGUUGCUCUUUUUUAAUUCACAUGAACAUUUUCGACCUACCUUUUCCCAUCGUUCGUCGUGCGUCGUGUGAAGUAAUACGCGCAUUGGCAACAUUUACCUUGUUAACACUCUAUAGGCCCAAUCUGUAUGAAACUUGCUGGGAACAUAUGAUAUCUCGGCUUAGUUAAAAAGAGGGUCACAUGGGAGAAAACCCUAGGCCACAGUGACAAAGUGUGUAAACACUAUGAAAGUAAUUUUUUCGCACAUCAUGAAACGUGUUCUUAAAAUGUAUUCUUAUGAUAUAAAGGCUUAGAAUUGCUAUAGUAAAAUCCUGUGAACUAUUUUUACAUCCAAUUUGUCUCUCAAUCAUGAAACUUGCUUAGAACAUUGUUUAGAUAUAUCGGCCAAGUUAGAAAGCAUAUCUAGCAGCCUAUUUAGCGUAUUUAACUUAUUUUUCAAGUUUAUAAAAUAUGACAAAGUAUACAGCACAUUUAGCAUAUUAAGCAGUCUAUUUAAUAUAUUUAUCACAUUCAGCAUUUUAAAUAAAAUUAAGUAAUCAUACAAAUUAAGCCUAUUUGGCCAGCAAGUUAGCAAAUGUAUUCAGUUGGCGUGUUAUUUUUUUCCCGUUCAAUAUACAUGCAUGUUAUUCUCCUCGUCAAUAGGAGUGUGUGGGUGGAGGGCAUCCCACUCCGCACCGUACAGAGUUCACAAGCAAUGUAUGCAUAUUACAACACGUUACAUACAUUCUAUAAUCAAUAGCUUUUACAUUACAGUAUACACAACAUGUUAUUGUUGGAAUGGGUUAACGUACAUGAUCACAACUACCGGGAAAGAGGUUACUAAAGUUCCCAUUCUUUACUUUUACGCAAAUCGUUAAAAAAUCAAUUGUGUUAAGUACAUGGCAGUGCAAGGACAGGUACGACUUUGCUCCUUUAAGUGUUGGCAUAGUGUUGAUCCUUUUACAGUUGUAAAUUAAAACAAAUAUCAAAAAAAUAAUAAUUAAAGAACCAGUUGUAUUUGCAUAUCCCAGUAUAAAGGAAGGCAUAUUAAGAAAAUUCAAAAAAUGAUUACAUCCACAAAAAAAUUCUGUUAUUAGCUGAUUGACAAGCUUAUACUCUUAAAAUAUAUGCUGAAUAGUUUCACAUUCAGUUUUACAAGAGGCACAAAUAGCCGUUGAUGCAUAUCCAAUUUUAAAACAAAAUGAGUUCGUACCUAUGAUUCUAUGUACAAUUCUAUAUCGAAACCACUGCACAUUGGUAUCCCGUGUAAUUCAAAAAGGCAUAUAAAAAAUGUGUCUCCAUUUGUUUGGUUCAAUAUAAUUAAACAUAUUCGACCAUUGAGCAAUACACACUGGCAAAGACUCUUUUUUGUAAUUAUAUCAUACAUAGUUUGGUACCCUUUGCGUUUUCUAACAUGGACCUCAGGCUGGUGGGGAUAACAGGCUUCAACACAAUUAUUUAAUUAGUGAAUUUCAUGUACCUUGUCACUGCGUUAAUAAUACCUAGGAAAUGUACGUUGUUUGGAUGGAAGUUAUAUACUUUGCAAAAUUCAUCACACCUGUAAAUGGCAUUAAGUUCAGUAUUGUAAAUUAAUUAUCCAACAAAAUGAACGCCUUUUUAAAACCAUGUUUAUAAACAUAUUAUUGUGUUACCAAUAGUUAUAUCUGGUAUAUAAAAUAAAGGAUUUUGAAGCAGAAA